CCAUCAAACAGUGACGGCCGCCAAGACAUCAGAUCUUCAGACCGUUCUUCAUUUCCUCAGCACAAGUAUUCUUAUUCCAGAAUCUAAGAUUCCGUUCUGAUCUGGCUCUGCUUUUGUGAGUCUUUCCCCCACCCUCCUCCCUAUAGAGCUGGGGUGUAUAUGUGUGGGUUAAUGUGGGUGCAUACGUUUAAUUUCUAGUUUUUAAAAGGAAAUCUAUAGCAGGCCAAAUAAGCCUUUUGUGAACCUUAAUCUGACCCUGUUCAGACAGAUGAACAACGGAAAAACCUACACUGAAAGAUUAGCAAGACACCAGAAACUAGUACCCACCUAGUGUUGUGGGCCUCACCUCCAGUCACAACUGGAAGAGAGUUAGCAAACUGACACAUGGAUGUGGCUGUAAACAACAACAAUGUGUGUAAGCCUGGGGCACUGCAGAUUGACCAAGAAGAAACACUUGUUGCACAAUGAUAAGAUCUUGUUGGUACAGUUGUCAGAGAAGGGAACUCCCACAGCAUAGGGCAUAAAACCAUCCAGGGCAGUCUGGGGCAGCUCAGUUCUGUGGUGCCAGGGAGCAGAGCAGAGCCCAGUCCUGCCCUGCACGCUGAUGGGACCAUGAACUCCAGCCACAGCUUCAGCCAGACCCCCUUGGGCUUCCUCCAUGGCACAGGAAGAGGCCGGGGCUGGCCGGGGAGCUUCCCCCGAGCUCCCACUGUCCAUGGUGGUGCAGGGGGCGUCCGCAUCUCCUUGUCCUUCACCAGGCCAAGCUGCCUGAACCCUGGAGGGUCAUGGGGAUCCGGAAGGGGCAGUUCUCUGUUAGGUGGAAAUGAGAAGAAAACGAUGCAAAACCUUAACGACCGGCUGGCCUCCUAUCUGGAGAAGGUGCGGGCCCUCGAGGAGGCCAACGUGAAGCUGGAGAGCCACAUAGUAAAGUGGCAUCAGCAGAGGGAGCCCGGACAGAAGCAAGAUUACUCUCAAUAUGAGGAAAACAUCAGUCGCCUGCAGGAGCAGAUAAUGGACGGUAAAAUAAACAAUGCUCAGAUCAUUCUACUCAUUGACAAUGCCAGGAUGGCAGUGGAUGACUUCAGCCUCAAGUAUGAAAAUGAAUUCUCCUUCAAGAAAGACUUGGAAAUUGAGGUUGAGGGCCUCCGAAAGACCUUGGACAAUCUAACCAUUGUCACAACAGACCUGGAACAGGAGGUUGAGGGAAUGAGGAAAGAGCUCCUCCUGAUGAAGAAGUACCAUGAGCAGGAAGUGGAGGAACAGCAUGUGCCAAAUGACUUCAAGGUCAAUGUGAAGGUGGAUACAACCCCAGGGGAAGAUUUGAUUAAGAUCCUGGAGGAUAUGAGGCAGGAAUACGAGUCUAUAAUAAAAAAGAAGCAUCAAGACUUGGACACUUGGUUUCAAGAGCAGUCCGCAGCCAUGUCCCAGGAGGUGGCCAGUCCGGCAGUUGUUCAGAGCAGCCAAAGCAACAUCCAUGAGCUGAAGCGGACUUUCCAGGCCCUGGAGAUUGACCUGCAGGCACAGUGCAGCAGGAAAUCUGCUUUGGAAAACAUGUUGUCGGAGACCCAGUCUCGGUACGCCUACCAGCUCCAGGAUUUGCAACAGAUCAUCUCCCAUUACGAGGAGGAACUGAGGCAGCUCCGCCAUGACCUGGAGCGGCAGAACAACGAAUACAAGGUCCUCCUAGGCAUCAAAACCCACCUAGAGAAGGAGAUUGCCACCUACCGCCAGCUCCUGGAGGGAGAGAACGACGGGAUAAUGGAAGAAUCCAAGUCAAGUCUGAAAGUGUCUACAGCUCCAAAGGUCAAGGCUAUCACGCAGGAGAGCAUCAAUGGAAGAACAGUUCUUACUCAAGUGAAUGAGAUCCAAAAGUAUGUGUGAGGCCAAUAAAAGCUUUUGCCCUUUGUAAACUGUUUGUUCUCAAUGGAAAGUCCUUGCCCAGCCGCUCACCGAUGAGUCCUAAGAGGUACCCUUGGAGUUAUCAAACUCAGAAACUUGCAUUUUCUCUGUAUCAAUAUUACCAGACCUUCCAUAAUGAUCUUAAUAUACUGCUGCACUUUUUGAAUCAGAAUACAAGCUUAUGAGUUUAAAGCUCUGUUUUCCUACUACAGUCUUCUGAUUCCCGUUGUUAAACAUCUGUUUUGUAGCCAAUCAACUGCACACCAGCUACACUGUGUUUAUAUGUAUAUAAAUAUAUAUGUAUGUAUGUAUAUAUAUACAUACACACACACACACACAUAUAUAUGUAUAUACAUAUAUAUAUACAUAUAUAUAUCAUGGAGCUCUGGUGGCACAGUAGUUAAGCGGUUGGCUCUAACCAGAAAGGUCAUAUCCCAAGGCGAGAUAGGACGUUAAGGUCUCAUUCUAACCAGAGGUUCUCAGCAUUGCCCACGAAAGAUCCAGAGGGACCUUAAUGCCUCAAGUGCGUCCACAGCGGCUGAACACUGAUCAGAAUUGUUACCCUGCAGUCAUGCAGCUCAGGGAGUAGAUGUAGUUCAUGAAGAUCUCAUAGUCUUCAGGAGGAUCUCUGCCGGCAGGAAGGAGGGAAAAAUAGAGAAGGAAGGCUCAGAAAGCCACAUUGAAAUUAUUCCAUCUCACGGUUAAAAAAAGAAGAAAGAAACCUUAAGGGCUUAAAAGAGAGUUAAAGCUAGAGAAAGGAACUUAGAAAAGGAAAUAACAAAAACCAAAAAAAUUACAGGCAGAUACUAAGACCCCAAAGGGGAACUCCCUCAUCCAAGAUCCGAACUGCAAUCAGCAGGAUCCAGAGUAUUAUGCUGAGCGGCAGUAGGCGGUUAAAGCACUAAGACUGUGCACCUCUGUCCUCUGAACAGAUGCCAUUUUCUCAAAUCAUAGCAGCAUGUGCUAUUGUUCCAAAGCCAGUACAGAGGAGCGGCGCUGGAGAGAAGGAGAGAGCUACACUUCCCACAAGAUGUCAUCAGAAUGUAGUACAUGGAAUUAUAGGAUAUUAGCAAUUCAAGGGACCAUAGGAACAAGCUAGUCGAACUCCCCCAUUUUAUAGACAAAUAAACUGGGGCCCAGAGCAGUAAAAGCACUUUACCCAAACACUCACUGGACUGAUGCAAUUGGGUUUAGAUCUGAGCGUCUUGACUCCUUAUACAGCUGUUAACAGAUUAAAAGUGGGUGUCAUUUAGCUCCAUUGUCAUCUAACAUAUUGGCAAUGUCCAGUAUAUUUUUUUAUUUCUGUAUUAUAAUACUAUCUUGGAAAGAAUUGCUUUUGAUAUUUUCUAACCUGGACAUAGCUGUUAAAGCUAGAUUAGCCUUCCCUUUAAGCCGACAAUUGGUAUUUCUGAUUCCUAAUUCCCAACCAAUAGAAAACCAGCCCCUACCAAUCUGAAAUUAGACAAAAAGAAUCCAGGAGAGCCCCUGGUAUAAAAUGAAAUGCAUUAAUUCUCUGGUGUAAAUUAUAAAUGUAUAGUGGGUGAUUAUUUCAAAGAAUCUCGAAAAUAACCAAGAGACAUCUUCAAUGAGUUCUCAUUGUGUGGUAUCUGUCUAUAGUGACUUCUGAUGCUACUUAGGGCAAGAGCAAGUUCAUAUUAGAAUGUAUUUGUUCUCUUUUUCUAUGUCAUUGUAUUAAGAGAACUUCUUUAUGGUAAGAGGAUACUAUAGUCUCAAAGCAGAUCUAGAAAUUCACCAAUUCACUCUAUUUGGGGCAUUAGUAUCUCUUUCUUAGAAUCUAAAAAAUGUACAACAAAUAUACAUAUUUUUCUCCAGGUGAAUUCUGAACAUUGCUAGCAAAAUAUUUCAAAGAAUAUUCAAAAACUAUGGCAAGGUGAAGAGAAAGUUCUAAUACCAGACUCAGAAAAUAAUCACUAACUUUCCAUUUACCGUAAGUUUAUGUAUGAUUUAGUAAUAAUGAAUCAUAAUAUAUGCAUAAUUUUUUAUCCAAGGAUCUAAAAUCUCCUUAAUAUCUUCUUUUCACUGUAACAAUCAGGGUAGCCAACUCAUCUCAAUUUGCCCAGGAAACUCCUCAGUUCCAGACAAAAUGCGAUGGUUGGUCACCCUAUCAAUAAAUAAUUGUCUCUAAUUCACUAAGGAGAAGUAAGUCGAGAGAAAUGAAAUCACAUGUCUGAAUAAAGAGAAAAUUUCAUGAGCUUGGGCUCUAAGCAAUACUUGGGAUAACCUCUCUGGCACAUCUACAUCAGCCCCCUAAUCUUUCAAAAUACCCAUUACAAACUAAUUACUGUCUGUGUGUUCAGGUGAGUUACCAACCAAACAAGUCUCCGUUUGUAUUUGGUUUUGACCCACACACACCCAGCCCACAUAAAGGAAACUGUUUCCAUUACUUGUGAUAAAUUUUAUUGUUUUCAUUAUAGAGACCUUUGAAUAAAUACCAAUUAUCAUUCCAUUACCCAAAAUCUAAUUAAACAAAUAGUUGACUAAUUCAGAGAGGUAUAA